AUGUCAAACAACGCAAGCGGUGGCGCAGGUGCGCUCCCGAGACAAGUCGCAAGACAACUCAGGCAACAAAGCCAAACCCGAGGGCGUUCAACAGGACGAGCCGGUGCAUCAAACUCUCAGAACAGUAACCGUCGAGCCGCUUCCUACACCGGUCCUAUCCAGCCCGGUAUGGGAAGUAGCCGCUACGCUACUGUCCCAGAUGACGUGGAAGGCCACUUUGAACCCGAUCUCAUGGAACUUGAUCCGAUGGAGAUCGACUCCCCCGUCCAAGAGCCUCCUCCAUCUACCUCUGUGACUCGCAUGACCGAGGAAUCUGUGGUGAAUCACGUCCACCGGCACAUCUUCUACAUCCCCAUUCAGUCUCGACCUAUUCCAACUCUCGACCUUGACGUGCUGACUGCCGCUCGGGCUGAAUUGACUCGUCUUCAGAGAGUCGGACUGCCAAUUCUGCAAGUCCUGCCUGAGCGAGCUGGUCCCCAUGUCUACAUUUGUAUUGAAACGAAACAGGACAACCGUGAUCAUGCCCUUACUGAUGCCAAUCUUCGCAUGGGUACCAUGCAAGACAUGAUUCGGGAUGGCCUCGGCUGGUUUACGGGUCUGCCUUACCGCCACCCACACUUCGAAGUCAAGUUCCUUCGUGGACGACGCCUCUAA